UGCGUGCCGUGCGGAAGGGCUGCCGGCCGCUGCUGGCUCCCCGUCGGACGGGUUCGGUGCAUGCGCCUGGGGAGGAGGCUGUGAGGCGGAGGGGCGGCUGAGCGGCCUACAGGAGCCUACAGGAGCCUACAGGAGUCGGGUUCCCGGAGCUCUGGUUUCGCGGCCGGGCCGCGUCUCGUCCGCGGUCGGGGAUCGGCCCCUGGCUGAUCGGCCGGCAGUACGUUCCGCUUGGCCCCGCCGCCACCAGGGCUCACGGGGUGAGUAGACAGGCUGGGCCGCUGCUGAAGAGAAGGUGGGGACGGCGCCGGCAGGAUGAAGCUGGUCAGGAAGGACCUGGAGAAGGAUAAUGCGGGACAGGUGACGCUGAUCCCCGAGGAGCCCGAGGACAUGUGGCACACCUACAACCUGCUGCAGGUGGGUGACAGCCUGCGGGCCUCCACCAUUCGCAAAGUGCAGACCGAGUCGUCCACGGGCAGCGUGGGCAGCAACCGCAUCCGCACCACCCUUACCCUCUGCGUGGAGGCCAUCGAUUUCGACACGCAGGCCUGCCAGCUGCGGGUCAAAGGCACCAACAUCCAGGAGAAUGAGUACGUCAAGAUGGGGGCCUACCACACCAUCGAGCUGGAGCCCAACCGGCAGUUCACGCUGGCAAAGAAACAGUGGGACAGUGUGGUGCUGGAGCGCAUCGAGCAAGCCUGUGACCCGGCAUGGAGCGCUGAUGUGGCAGCCGUGGUCAUGCAGGAGGGGUUGGCUCAUGUCUGCCUGGUUACCCCCAGCAUGACACUCACUCGUGCCAAGGUGGAAGUGAAUAUCCCUCGCAAACGGAAAGGAAACUGCAGCCAGCAUGACCGGGCCCUAGAGAGGUUUUAUGAACAGGUGGUGCAGGCCAUACAGCGGCACAUCAACUUUGAGGUGGUGAAGUGUGUACUGGUGGCCAGCCCAGGCUUUGUUCGAGAGCAGUUCUGUGAUUACAUGUUCCAGCAGGCAGUUAAAACUGACAACAAGCUUUUACUGGAGAACAGAUCCAAGUUUUUACAGGUACAUUCAUCAUCAGGACAUAAGUACGCACUGAAGGAGGCACUUUGUGACCCAGCUGUAACUAGCCGUCUCUCUGACACUAAGGCUGCUGGUGAGGUCAAAGCCUUAGAUGACUUCUACAAAAUGUUGCAGCAUGAGCCUGACCGAGCUUUUUAUGGCCUAAAACAUGUGGAAAAGGCCAAUGAAGCCAUGGCCAUUGAUACUUUGUUGAUCAGUGAUGAGCUUUUCCGGCACCAAGAUGUGGCUACACGUGCCCGAUACGUUAAAUUGGUAGAUAGUGUACGGGAGAACAUGGGCACAGUGCGCAUUUUCUCCAGCCUUCAUGUAUCUGGUGAGCAGCUUGGCCAGCUGACAGGGGUAGCAGCCAUCCUGCGCUUCCCUGUUGCUGAGCUCUCCGACCAGGAGGAUGAAUCUAGCUCUGAAGAAGAUUGACAACAGUGGCUUCAUUUCACAGUAUCCCUUCCAAGUGACAUCAAAAUGACAUGAAUGGAAUGCUGAGAUUUAGAGCUGACUGGUUUUGCAAGUUACACCCUGGACCUCCAGCAGUACCAGAAACAGUUCUCAGUCCCUGAAGCUGCUUAUUCUUUAUGCUUAUUCUAUAUGCUAAGGCAGAUUGUCAGCUUAAUGUUCUGUAAUGUGUACAAAAAGCUAAUAAAAUAAGCAGAAAACUAUGUCAGACUCUUUAUUUUUGCUCAAAUGUUUGAAAACAGUAUUACAGAUAGAAAAUCCUCCAUGCAAGACAGCCAAACUAUACUUGGUCUUCUUAGGUACUCAUUUACUAUGCCUUAAAAAGAAGGGUUGAGAAAUGGGGUCAUCUAUUAGAGGCUUUCUGUGAAAUGUUUGAAACAAUCUUUCAGAAACUUGACUCCUUAGAGUAACAGUUUUCUCUCUAAUGUGACAGUAGAUGCCUGACAGAUUGUGAAGCUUAGUGCGUCUGUUUCAGUUGUCUUUCCAAAUGCUCUUUGGGAAAUUGUGGAUUUGGGGGGUGGGGGAAAGAAGAUGGGAUGGGUGACAAGGUAUGUGUCUUGCCAAUGACUGUUCUGAUGAAUUAGCAUGGAAACUAUUUCAGUUCUUAGGAGCCAUAUGAAUAUAUGAGUAAGGUUUAUAAAACAAAGUGCCUAGUUUUCAUUUGAAUUUUUUUGACAACAAACAAUAGAAGUGAUUCAAUAAUCUGGUGUCUGUUACCUGUUUAAGAACAUGCAUUACAAUAUGGAGAUAAAAGUUACAGACAUAAAUAGAAUUUUAAGACAGUGACCACAGUAAAAGUAAAACCACUUCUCCCAUUAUUUGAUUUGUUCAAUGAAAGCCACGUUUUUAUUUUUUCACAUGAACAAUGGGAUAUUGGGCUAUUUUUAGCUACUGCUAUCCAUGUUAUUAACUUUCUAAAAGACUUAGUUGUCCAAAGUAUGGAAGGGUGGGAUUUCUUGUUUUAUAAGCAUUUUUAUAGUAAAAUAAAUAUACAUGCACUCUGUAGACAACUGCAUCCUGUUUCAGGAAACAGUCUAAUGGCUUAGUUUUGAAAGUAGGCUAUAUUCAGUAGUGCAGAUGCUUAACCUGGCACAGUUCCAGAGAUGUUAGUAUCUUUUAAAAUUAAAAGUAUUUUAAAUAGCUGGAAGGUCUAUAUUGACAAAGAUUUUUGUUUAACAAACACUUUAAGGUCUGCGUCUAGAUAACACUUAGUAGAUGCAUGUUAUCUGCAGAUAUUAUUUUCCUGCUCUUUUAGCACUUACUCAAGUCUUUUCUUUUGAACUAAAUAUGCAUGAAAACCAGCCCACAAUGUGUAAAUUAUUGUUGUUUUUUAACACCGUAAUUUAUUAAUUUCAGCACUAUCCCAGGUUGAUUUUAUAUUGUGUUGAGACAUAAAUUUUUGAGCUAGUAGCUUGCUUUAUCUUCCAGUUUUUUGAUUUUCAAAAUAGGUGAUUACACAUUGCAGAACUUUUAAUACUGUGUUUGCUGGUAAGAAGACUUUAAAGUAUAUCAUGAAAUUGUCUUGAUAAUGAACAUAUUUAUUUACUUCAUAGAGUAUUUUUUAGAAACUAGCUGGGAUCAGGCCCCAAUUUAUUAAUUUUGUAACCUUUGGCAUUUUUGUCCAGUUAUAUCAAUUUUGGGCAUUGCUUGUUGGAUAAAGUCUGUUAGUCCUAGUUAUUAAGUUAAAUAAAAGAUAAAUGUUUUUAAAAAUUACACCCCACUUAAUAGUAUUUGGCCCAGGGAGCUCUCAUGCAUUCACCACUGCACACUCUUUGAGCUGAGAACUGGAUAUACAUGAGCUUGUGACUAUUUUCUUAUUGUCCUAAUCAUAACAGCCAGGUAGUGCUUCAGCUCAAUAUGUGAUGUAACUUCAUUAAAGCUUUAAUGUACAUGUAAUAAUCUGAGGUAACUUUCAUCAUUUUAUAUUAUUUUUGCAAAUAUUAAGUACCCCCGAAUGUAAAAAAACUUUCCCUUUCAAAAUUUCUUAAUUUAUCUUCUCAGCUGCGGACACUUCUUUGCAUUUAUCUAUGAAAGUGUAUUAUAGCCACUUUCUCUGACUUAUGUAUAAGUUAAGCUUCUUUAAUUGAUGUAUGGGUGCUGUGUCAUCCAUCCAGAAAAUGUGCUGUUUUAUAAAGAUAAGGUGGGAUCGUGGUGGAA